UCUCGCCUUGUUUUUACUUGAUUCACUUGAUUGUUAUGUCAUGGCAAGAAAAAAAUUAUAAAAACAAAACGUAUAUGAGAAAAAACAUGAUAAAUAAAACCCAGAAAUAUUUGUAAACUGUCGCCAGUAUUUAUAAACAUACGUCCGUUACAUGUCUUUGCUAGAAACUACGUGAAUGUGAUAUGAAAGAUCCAUCACCAUGGAGGCAGAGAUAGAUGAGUGCAUUAGAAAACGUGUACAAUGGACUAAUUUGCCAGGAACCGUGAAAAAGCUAUUGGGGGACUCACCUAAGGAAUAUGAGAGAUAUAUAUUCGAGUUCAGUAUUAAAAACCAAUUGCGCUUCAAAGGCAGUCUUGUGCGGACAGUGCGUAAAGAUGAGAAGAAGUAUUAUGAAGCUCUGGUACAAAACAGCAUCCAGAGACUUAUGUUAUACCCCUAUCAUCUUGCUGAUAUGAUUGUUAAGGGGCUACGAAUAACGCCGUUCAUAUAUUAUAUCGAAGUCGUGGCGCUUUUAAUAGAGCUCGAGAAGAGCUACGACACACUGCCAAACUUCACUGCUGCUGAUUGUCUCAGGCUGCUCGGCAUCGGUCGCAAUGAGUACCUGGAGUUAAUAGCCAGAGCCCGCUCCCUCGGCAGACGGGGCCGGUCUAAGGCCAUCCGGGGCCUGCUGCCCCGAGUGCCUCUAAACAUCCCCAUGCAGCCGUGGUGGAGAGUGGAACUGGGAUAUGUUCUGGAAGAGGAUGUUAAGCCUCUGUGUGAGAGUGAGAAGGCACUAAUCGAUCUGCUAAUCGACCAAGGCUCGCAAACCGCUGGAACACUGGACUACAACACUGUCAAGACACUGUACAGACGCGGUCUAAUCUACCUCGACGUGCCAAUAACGUCAGCCGAUCGCGCGUGCGUCCCGCCGCUCAAGGGUUUCGUGAUGAAUCGAACCGCUGGAGACUACUUCGAGACGCUGUUGUACCAGGUCUUCGUGUCGAUUGACGAGCACACCACUGUGGGGGAGCUGGCUACUGUGCUGCAGGUGGACAUAGAACUGGUGAAGCAGGCGGUGUCGCUGUACUGCCGGCUGGGGUUCGCGUGCGUGCUGGCCCCGCCCCUCCCGCCCCCGCACGCCCAUCACCCGAGCUGGCGCGACGCGCUCACCACGCACACGCACCAACCCUACCGUCAGAUAACUCCUCUGACGUUCGACUCCGGUGUGGAGGAGGUGCUGCAGAUGGAGCCUGUUCUGAUCAAGGACGAGCCUUGCUCCUCCCAUCAGGUAGAGAGGACCUGCUCCUCCCAUCAGGCGGAGGAGACCAGCGCGAGACCAGCAGGAGACCAGAGGGUCGCCGUGCUCUUCGACUCCACACUCGCCGCGUAUCUCAUGAUGGGGAAUCUGUCGCCGGACUUGAAAAGUCACGCGGUGACUCUAUUUGAGGUUGGGAAACUCUGUGAUGAAAGUUUAGACAGCUUGCUGAUGGAACUGGAUAAGGUGGCGGGUUCCGGCGAGAUCGAGGGCGAAGCGCGGCGCUACCUGGCGGCGGCGGCGUGUCUGCGCGCGACGCUGCGAGCGCUCCGCCCCCUGCGCCCACUCGAUCUGCUGCGCUGUGAAGCGCUGCACGCGUUAGGGGCGGCGCGAGACCGCCUACUGGCUUCCAAGUAUAGGUUGGCGAUAUCAUUCGCGCCGCUGGGUCGCGAGGCGCGCGCGGGUAUCGCGGCGCGGGCGCUGCCGCACGCCGGCCCCGCCCCCCCGGAGUCGGCCACGCCCUGGAUGCGACUAUACCUGUACCACCGCGCCGGCUACGGCCCGCCCUCGCUGCUUCUCACUAAGGGUACCGUGCUGCGCUGCGUGCCGCGCGCGUUGCUCGGUUUCGCGCGGUUGUGCGUGUGGUGGUGGGGCGCGGAGGGGGAGUGGUCGCCGCUGCCGGCCGCCGCCGCGCUCGCCGCCGCCAACGCGGCGCUGCGGCGCGGCCCCGUGCUGCUGCAGGCCGCCGCAGUGCGCGCCGCCCAGCCCCUGCGGCACAUCGCCUUCCCUCCUAACGGCAGCGGUGGCGAGUGGCGGCGGCACGCGGGGCUGGCGCGGCUACUGCGGCGGCUGCGGCUGCGGCGCGCGGCCGGCUACGUCACGCUCGUCGACAUCGGCGUGCCCGACCUCGGCGCCGCCAACCCGCCGCCUACCGUGCAGCUCGUGGCACCCAGAAAGAAGAAAGACGUCUGCGGCGUGGCGAAACCAGUGAGCGAGAUGUCUAUUUCAUCUUCCGAAUCCGGCGAGAACAAUGAUCGACUACAGUCGCCCAUAGAGUCGCAUUUCGCCGUCACUCCCACCAUAGACAACGGCUCACCAACCAGAGACAAUAACUCGCCUGCCAUAGACAAUAAUUCGCCUACCAGAGACAAUAAUUCACCUUCCAUAGACAAUUCACCGACCAGAGACAAUAACUCGCCGCCCAUAGACAAUUCGCCAGCAAACGGCUUUACGAGUGUCGAAAGUAACCAGCUACUCUGCGAAGAACUAGACAGCCUCAACAUAGAGCACCGAAGCAAGGAGUCCGUAGCGAGCGAAGACUUUGUGGCGAUAAGCUCGCCUGAAAGCAAACUGUCAAACUCGGCUAACAGCAAGGAAUCAAUAGCAGACGAACUAGAGAAGAUCAUAAGUCAGCGGGAUCAGUUCACCGACCUGCUGAGUCCGGCGGACGAGAGCGUGUCGGUGUUCUCGCGGCUCGCGGCCAACGGGGAGGGGGACAGCGGCGUGGAUACAGCGCAUAACGAUGAUGAUGAUGAGGCCUGUAAACCCGAGCGUUGGACGAUACUGGAGCUGCACUGGGGCAUCCCGUUGUUUGACGAGGAGCUGUGCGCGCAGGUCUGCGCCAGCGUCGUCGACGACGUCGCCAGGCCGCACCUAUUGGAGAAGUUAAAAGAAGAUAAUGAAUUCCUGAGAGCAGAUUUGUUGAAAUUUGUUUCGCAAUGUCAGUAUUACCCCGGCGAGGAUAUGGGUAUAGUGAAGCGGGGCACCCUCGUGCCUCUGCCGCGAAGGAACUUAGUGUUCGAGAACGGCCGCAUCACCGAGUGGAACGGAAAGUGAUCGCGCCGCCAACAGAUGGCGUUGCUAGGGUUGCCAUAUACAACAUUCCAUCAAUUCCCCAAAAAGUGCGCAGUUUUUUGGACAACAUUAGGAGUAAUUGUAAAAUUUGUUUUCACUCCAUUACAAUUACUAUUUAUUUUGAUUUGAAAUAAAAUAUCCAGAUUGAAAAAGCGCAAAAAAUCAUGGCAACCUUUUAUCCCAGUGUGUUAUUGUGUGUUCCAUAACACGAGUCACUAAACAUGUUGAAGAUUGGCCUAAAACUACUUGUCUCAUUCGAUUUAUCGUUAAACACGAUCUUGUUAUCCGCUAUCUUCAGGGAGUAACAGAGCCAAGAAGGUUUUUGGCCUUAUUCAAAAUUUCCCUCUGGUAACUCACGUGUAGAUGUUUUAUCAAGUGAUUAAGAAUAAUUUAGUGUAAAUAAAAUUUUAAUAUAUUACGUGGAAAAAUCACCUUGCCAUAUGAACAUUGGGUAUUUAUAUUAUAAAUUUUUCAGUAUGUAUACACUACAGUUGCAAACGAGUGAUACAAUGCGAAUGUUAAAAAUGUUUAUUGGCUAAAAAAAUAUUGCAGGCAAACUUUUAUU